AUGAGCAAGUAUGAAGUGCUCCAAGGGUUUUACGCCGUUCAUGACGAAUUAGGAUCGGGAGGAUUCGGAAAAGUGCGAUUAGCAACACAUCUACUGACGAACCAAAAAGUUGCCAUCAAAAUAAUAGACAAGAAGCAGUUGGGACAUGAUUUGCCUCGAGUUCAAACUGAAAUGGAUGCUCUUCGGAACCUCUCCCAUCAGAACAUUUGUCGUCUUUACCACUAUAUAGAGACAGAGGACAAGUUCUUCAUUAUUAUGGAGUACUGCAGUGGUGGUGAAAUGUUCGAUUAUAUUGUGCGGAAAGAGCGUCUUGAAGAGUCGGAAGCUCGUCAUUUCUUCCGUCAACUCGUCAGUGCCAUCGCAUUUGUUCAUUCACAAGGCUAUGCUCAUCGUGAUUUGAAACCAGAAAAUCUCCUACUCACAGAAGAUCUUCAUUUGAAAUUAAUUGAUUUCGGGUUAUGUGCAAAAACAGAAAAGGGUCGAAUUGACAAACAUCAUCUUGAUACGUGUUGUGGGUCCCCUGCAUAUGCCGCUCCCGAAUUAAUACAAGGACUACCUUAUAAAGGAAACGAAGCAGAUGUAUGGUCUAUGGGAAUCCUGUUGUACACACUCCUUGUCGGAGCACUGCCUUUCGAAGAUGAUAAUAUGCAAAUUAUGUACAAAAAGAUUCAGUCCGGGUGUUUUUACGAGCCUGAUUUCCUGUCUCCAUUGAGCCGACAACUUCUCCGUUCCAUGCUGCAAGUGGUUCCAGAACGAAGAAUAUCAAUCAAAAAGCUGCUGGAACAUGAUUGGCUUAAUCUCAAGUACACGCAGCCCGUGAAAUGGAACACAAUAUAUGAUAAAAAUUUCAUCGAUCGCGACGUGGCUCGAGUCAUGUCAAAGUACUACGGACUCGAAACAACAGAUCAAAUGAUAGAGAAGAUUAAAGAAUGGAACUUUGACUACAUGACAUCGACAUAUUAUGCGCUGCUUCAUCGCAAAAGGAAUUAUCAAGAAAUUGUACUACCAAUGACAAGAAAUCCAAAUAAUACGGCACCAGUGAAUGUUCAAAACAUUCUUUGCUCACCGACAAUUCAUGCUUCUCUCGAUAACAAUCUCGACAAAUCUGGCCUGGAAGAUGAAGACUCUGGUUCUGAUCCAUCAAGCAUUUCCUCAUCUGACAUUUCAGCAAAAAUGAAAAAGAGUUGUAAUAUCACCGAAAACUCUUCCAAAUUCGCAAAACCUUUAUCUCCCGAAAGAGAAAAGAAGAUGUCUUAUGUGAAUGCAAUGCUCACAAUGCCUUCUCAAUUCACCGGAAGAUCGCCUGUUCCUAUUCGUAUUCCAGAAUCUCCAGUUUCCGUCAGGAGUAGUGAUUCCGCCAGUCUUGGAUCGGCGACGCCAUGCCGUGGAACGAACAGAGAUGUCGACAAAGAGAACACUGCAAGCAAAAACUAUCGUAUGGGAGCAUCCACAUGCAAGGGCCGUGGACCGCUCAAAAUAACAGGAUUAGAAGAUGGAACGCUCCGAAGUGUCUACACGACUCCAAACAGACCAACAUUACGUGGACUUUUCAGCCCUGGAAACUCUGAUUCAUCUCAUAAAAAUCGGCAAAGAGCACGAUCAUCGGAUCGAGCUAGCAUCGGAGCUUCUGCAGGAUCCCCGAUUUCUAUUGGAAGCGCUAAUAGUGGUAAUGCUGAUGGUCGAACUCCGAGAAGUCGUACGAAAACGAAUCGACUUCCACAGCGUGUGUUCACCUCGUUGGAAAGAAAAAAGGAGAAACUGAUUACUCUCUUGACGCCACGAAAAAUGCAACGAGAUUCUCCGCAAGUGUUGAAAGAUGUCAAAAAUAUGGUGAACGUGUCAAUGACAGCGUGGCAGGAUCCAGAAGAAGUCAGAAAUAUGUUGAAGGGAGUAUUCGAUUCAGAGAAGAUGCGAUACGAAUUGAAUGGAUGGAAGUUCCUCGCAACGAAAGAAACGUGCCAUGGGUGGAUGACAGUCGAAUUGGAAAUCGUACGCUUGCAGAUGUUCGAUAAAAUCGGAAUUCGUCGUAAGCGACUGAAGGGAGAUGCAUUCAUGUACAAGAAGGUCUGUGAGCAUAUUCUCAAUAUGGCGAAGAUCGAUUAA